UGACUAAGAUGUUCUCAUGCUGACAAAUCACUUGUUAGAGAUUGGUCACUCAUUAAGCAAGCCAAUAAAAAUCUGAGCUAUCCCCCCAUACCGCUUUUCAAUAAAUUUAACAGUCAUAAAAAGACGAUCUUUCUCACGUUUAUUUCGUGUUAAAUCAUACAAUCCCUGUUGUAAUCACACUCUCCCCACUAAAGAUUUUCAAAUCCCAGGAUGGGUUUUCUGGGAUUGGUCGGAAAAAAAUGAUUAGGUGGUGAUUUUUGAUUCUUGAUUCUUGAACUAUUUUUUCAAGGUGUAGUGUAGACCAGUCAUUCUUGGUGGAACAUAAAAGAAAAAAAAUGGAAAGAGAUGGGAUUGAAGAGAGCAGCGUGAGGUUGCUUGGUAGCAGCGCCAGCGGCGGAGGAGGAGGCGGCGGCGCCGCCGGAGAGUCGUCGAGAUGGGUGGAUGGGAGUGAGGUUGACUCUGAGUCACCCCCUUGGUCUUUGGUCGGUGAUGAUAAUGAAAGUAGACAAGGGUAUGGUGCAACUGUCCGAAGAAGGCUAAUCAAGAAACCCAAAAGACUUGAUUCUUUUGAUGUUGAAGCUAUGGAGAUUGCUGGCUCUCAUGGCCACCACCACAAGGAUGACUCUGUUUGGAGAACAAUGGCAUUAGCAUUUCAAACACUCGGUGUAGUGUACGGUGACAUGGGCACAAGCCCACUCUACGUAUUCUCCGAUGUAUUCAGCAAAGUCCCAAUUACUUCCGAAAUCGACGUCUUAGGAACUCUCUCACUAGUUAUCUACACAAUCGCACUCAUCCCCUUAAUCAAAUACGUUUUUGUCGUGCUCAAGGCAAACGAUAAUGGGGAAGGCGGAACAUUUGCAUUGUACUCGUUAAUCUGUAGGUAUGCAAAAGUCAAUCUUCUCCCAAAUAGUCAGCCUGCCGAUGAAUGCAUUUCGAGCUACAAGCUUAAGCUGCCCACUCCUGAACUAGAAAGGGCUUUGAGUAUAAAAGACAAGUUGGAACGUAAUUCGUAUUUAAAGAAAUUUCUUUUACUGCUUGUUCUUAUGGGAACAUCUAUGAUUAUCGGGGAUGGUAUUCUUACUCCCGCAAUCUCAGUUAUGUCUGCAGUUAGUGGUCUGCAGGGUCGUGUACCGGGAUUUGGCACAGAUGCACUUGUAGUUACGUCAAUUGUUAUCCUAGUCGGACUGUUUAGCAUACAAAGAUUUGGGACAAGUAAAGUAGGGUUCAUGUUUGCUCCUGCACUUGCGUUAGGUUUAUUAGCCUUGGGAUGCAUCGGAAUUUACAACCUUUUCAAGUACGACGUAACUGUCGUAAAGGCACUAAAUCCUGCCUACAUAUACCUUUUCUUCAAGAAAAACGGCACUAAGGGUUGGUCAGCACUCGGUGGUUGUGUUUUAUGCAUCACGGGUGCAGAAGCAAUGUUUGCUGAUUUAGGCCAUUUCUCAGUUCCAUCCAUACAGAUUGCUUUCACUACAGUAGUCUUCCCCUGCCUCCUCUUAGCAUACAUGGGACAAGCAGCCUACCUUAUCAAACAACCUCAAACAGCCGACAGAAUAUUCUACGAAUCCGUUCCAGAGGGUCUAUUCUGGCCAGUAUUCGCGACAGCCACAAUUGCUGCCAUAAUUGCUAGCCAAGCUAUGAUCUCCGCUUCGUUUUCUUGCGUAAAACAAGCAAUGGCACUUGGUUGCUUCCCUAGGCUUAAAAUCAUCCACACUUCAAGAAAAAUGAUGGGCCAAAUUUACGUACCCGUUAUCAACUACUUUCUAAUGGUCAUGUGCAUUAUAAUCGUUGCAGUCUUCCGAAGCACCACCGAAAUCGCAAACGCUUACGGCAUUGCUGAAGUGGGAGUUAUGAUAGUGAGCACCACCUUAGUUACACUCGUAAUGCUUCUAAUAUGGCAAACGAAUUUACUCCUAGCUCUUGCAUUCCCAAUUAUAUUCGGGUCGAUAGAACUAAUCUACUUAUCGGCUGUUUUAUCCAAAAUAAUGGAAGGUGGGUGGGUCCCACUAGCCUUCGCUUCGUUCUUCCUCGCAGUAAUGUACACGUGGAAUUACGGUAGUGUCUUAAAAUACCAAAGCGAGGUGCGUGGUAAAAUCUCCAUGGACUUGAUGCUCGAGCUAGGGUCUACCUUAGGUACCGUACGUGUACCCGGAUACGGAUUUCCCGGACGAGAUAAAGAUGCCGUUAUUGAGGGAUGGGGAAAAGAUGACAUAUGCCCUUGGAAGUUGCCGGAGAGUAGUAUGACUGGUGGUGAUGUGGACCCCGGUUUGGAGUACGAGCUGGCGGCAUUGAGGGAGGCGAGUGGUUCAGGUUUUACGUAUUUGCUUGGGCAUGGUGACGUGAGGGCGGCGAAGAGUUCGUUUUUCGUGAAGAAAUUGGUGGUGAAUUAUUUUUAUGCUUUUCUGAGGAGGAAUUGUAGAGGGGGUGCUGCUACAAUGAGGGUUCCUCAUAUGAAUGUAAUGAGAGUAGAAAUGACUUACAUGGUUUGAAUUUUUAUUUUUUUAAAUCAUUAAAUAUUUGGUGGGAAAAUUAGUGCUACAUUGUAUGAGACAUAUGAUUUAUAAGUUAUGUUUUGAAUUUAAUUAUGGAUCUUGAUAUUUACAAGAUUCAAUAGACGAAUGAAAUUCGAUCAUAUUUUGUAAUUCGAUAAUAUUUUUUAGGUU